CGCACAAGGCACAUAAACGAUAACAGAUACCUUAAACACUCCUGCAGUUGGAAGUGUUGCAUAUACGCUGUUACCGUAUUAAUAUCAGCCAGAGAUCGAUAACGUCAGUAAUAAAUAUCUAAUAACUUAGCGCAGUUAAGCUGUAGAAACACUUCCUUAUUUUCCGCCGUUGUAGCCGGCUGCUAGCUCGCUCCGUGCAGCAGUAGGAUCAUGUUUACCUCCCAAACCUCGUCGUUCCAGGAUUCAAUCGACGUGGAGGAGAGAGAUGACUAUGACAGCGAAGAAAUCGCUGGCUACAGCCAGAAGAUACAGCUGAACUGCUACUACACUAUCUAUCUUUAUCAAGGCACAAGAUCUGAGGCUUCUGGGGAAAAUGUGGCAUGGAACCAGAGACGAGCAGACUCCACAACCAGUCAGGAUGACUUUAGCCUGACACUAAUUGACAGCAGCUUGCCAUCAGAGGCGGAACCUGAGCUGCGCACCUACAUCUCAAGGAGGCUGAGCAAGGGUGCCCUGCUGGGAGGCAUGGGCAACAUCGCCACUGUGGAACUCAGUAUCCCCGAGCAGGCAGUCGGCUGCUACUGCUGCCUUCUGGAGCAGGAAAGGUCUCCUGAACAGCCCGAUGCUGAUGGAAACGGAUAUGUCAUCUGCUUUAUGGGCGGCUCUGAAAAAGGACUGAACUUAUUCAGAUUAGAGCUUGAUAAAUACGUCCAAGGCCUGCACAGCAGCCUGCAAACCCCAGAGCUGCAGAACCUUGAGACGGAGGUGCGUCCCUAUCUGAGCCGGUGGUACGAGGAGUCUGUGAUGCACAUUCAUCGGGUGGUGCAGCUGGUCCAGAGCAACAUCAGCUUCUUGCUGCGUGCUGCUCUGAGUCACACACACGUGGACGUCGUUAAUUCAGAUGAAAGGACAAAGGCUGAUGUGUCCAGGUUCAUCAAAGCAGCCAGUUGGCAGGGCCUGUCCCAACAAGACACAACGACAGCUUCUCUGUGUAAGGCGAUCUCAGAGGACACACUCUCUGACCUGAUCAUAGACUGUUCCACCAGCCCACCCACACUCUCUAACACUGUCAGUAAUCGUUUCUGUGAUGACUGGAUUCAGGCAUUUCUGAACGCUGCAGAGCGAUGUAAUCCUUUCCUGCUCAGACAGAUUCUGGAGAACUUUAAACUUAAGGCCAUCCAGGACAUGAACAGCCUGAAGCGUUUUGUGCGGCAGGCAGAAAUGAGUCACUACGCUCUGUUUCGCUGCUGUCAGUUCCUGCAGGGCUGCGGAAAUGGGGAUGUGUUACUGCAGAAUGCCAGGGCGGAGCAUAGCGACCUGCCUGAAGCCUGCAGCAUCAUCACAGUGCUGGAGGAGUUCCUCAAGGAACAAUCCCAGGCCCAGGCCUGAUUCCAUUACAACACCUAACUCCAAGAGCCUGUUUCCAUCUGGUAUUAUCAUGUGUCUUUGGUGAUCCGAUCAUAAAUGGACAGCUCUGUGUCUGUUUACACCUGGUAUUAUAAUGUGUCUCCGUAUGUGUUUAAGUGACCACUAGUGAUUGGAUCUCACUUCCCCGCCUAGCUGUUAGCAUCACACUGAUAACAUUACCUAACCAUUGUACCGUCACUUUGGGGUUUUAGGACCUUUUAAUGACUGCUGCCGUGUUAGCUUGUGCUAAUUGGGCAGACUUUUCACAUACCAACAAAAGGUUUUCUUAUCCAGUGGGGCAUCAGAUAAACAAGGACACCUGCUGAAAGAAUGUGGCCAUGCAGCACUGACAACAUCUGAUUAUGGUUUGAGUGAUCGGAUCUCAAGACUCAUUCAGGACGUAUUUGGUGCAUUCAAACCUGUGCUUUGAGCUUUGCACUUGUAAUCUUAUCUCUAGGGCUGCUCCUUGAAAGUCGGUGAUUCGAAUCCUUAGUCAUAGACCCCGCAGUUUUUUUGUUUUUUUAAAUUUAAUUUUGUUUUACUUAAUUUUAUGUUAUCGCUAGUCAGUAUGCUAUGCAGUACUUGUGGGGACGUUUUGGUCCCCAGAUUUUGCUGUAAAGCGAGUGCUCUUGACUUUCACACUACUCUUUGGUACAGACAGCUGCAGACUUGAUGUAGCAGCACGAAGGCGGAGAAACUUCCCACUGUAUAGCUCCGAGCUAAAAUUAACUGCUCUCUUCUGUUCGGAAGUGGUGAAUUUACAGCUCACAGCAACUUAAUAGGAUACCGUCUCUGGCUUUUGUUUGAUAUCUUGCGCCGACAAAAAAUGUUGUUGCACAUUUCCGAUCUGUCGUGAGAGCCAUUAGCUUGUUUACUACUGUAUGUUUACUACUGACAUAAUUAUGAGUCGGGUAUAGCCCUACUGAUCACACAGGACACAUGUUAAUACCAGGUGUAAAGGGCCAAGUUGCAGGGCCUGAUUAACAUCAGUUUGCCAGAUAAGGGGAUAUUUUGAAUCUGCGGGAUGUUAUGGCAGAUUCAAAAAUUAAAUCUAAAACAACAAAACAAAUGUUCCCUCUGCUGGCACCUCUGAUGUUUCUCAGCUAGAAGAGUGGUGAUCACAUGUGAAAUAUGUACUGUAAAACACUGACACUCAGCUUCUCGUAACCCAUCUGUCUUUCUUUGGGGGCUAAUAAUAGUUUAGUGACUGUAACAUCACUGCACUUAUUUUAACAGAUAAGGUUUGUUGCUAAUUGGAGAUGAUGGCAAACAUGAAUCGACAAUGACCUCAGUGCUCAUAUCAGCUUAUAUCUAGUUGCAGAGUUGCACUUUCCUUUUUCCUUUUGCAACAUUGGAGUUACAUAUGUGUAACUAUACCUUGAACCAAAUAUGAUUAUUCAUGUUUUGCUAACUGACAAUGAUCACAGAACUGAUCCAAACUAAAGCUUCUGCUCAUUGGGGUGGAAUUACUUAUUUACUGUCCAAAUAUUCUUUAUUGUAAUUUUUUUAUUUUAAUUUGAUUGUACAUACUUUUUUUUUUUAUAACAUACUGAGAAUGCACAAAUCACUUUUAUGCAUUGCUUGUUAGAUAGGCCUUGUUUUGCUUACAUUUCAACCCAAUACCUGCACUACUACUAUAUUAUUUUUACCUAAUGAAAACUCUAUGUACGUAUGUCUAUCAAGUGACAAUAGAUGUAAGCUGAAUCCUUCUCUGUAAAUGCAGUGUUGUAAUUUUUGAAUAUAAUUUUCUGUUUACAUAACUCUUAGCAUUCACCAGCUGUCAUGAGAACAAACGGGCACUAUGUGACCAGUCACUCUCUACAUUUACGAAGCAUUUUAUUUAGUUUAAAAUGUUUUGCAAUAUUAAUACCCACAAAAAAACAUGUUCUAAAGAGAAGAAAUUGACAUGUGGGAUAAAAAAUACAUAAAAGUGCUUACAGUACAUGCAUGCAUUUUAUUUUCCUUUCAUGUGUACCUGUCACAAGUUUUUGUACUGCAUUCAACCCAUAAAGGGUUUUAGAACCAAGCUUCAACCAUUCCCCUUAAAACCAGUCCAAAGUGUGUAAUACAGCAAUAUGGUUGGUGGUGUAUACUUUUAAACUGUGAAGCAGGUGACAUGUAAAUGAGUCAUUUUACUGUUGUGAACCAUAGUGUGACUGACCCACAGUGCGUAUGUCUUGACAUUUCUGUACAGCGUGUUCUCUAUAGUUAUAAAUGACUGUGGUUCUCUGUAGAAGGAGCUGAAAUAAAUACCUGAGCUCUAA